AUUUCUUAUCACCUUUGGGGUCAAGCAGGAUAAGAAAUGUCUAAAGUUUAUUUAAUACCAGUUGCUGUGUUUCUUGUAUUUCAAGUUACAUUUUUGGGAACUUACAUUGCGGCCGUAUUGCAAGGUCAUGUUGUACCCACCGUACCCUAUAUCAGUGAUGCAGCCACCUAUUCACCUGAGAGUUGUGUAUUUGGCCAAAUGAUAAAUAUUGGCAGUGUAUUAUUGGGCAUUACAAUCUACAUACGUUAUCGCCAGAUAUUACAACUCUUCGAACAUCAUCCGGAUUUGGGUACAAAUCUGUUGCGCUAUAAUCGUUUGGCGGUAUGGUUUGGUUUUGCCUCCUGUCUGGGCAUUAGCAUUGUGGGCAAUUUCCAGGAAACAAAUGUACGUGUGGUACAUUUUAUUGGUGCAUUCUGUUGUUUCGGCUUUGGCACCCUAUACUUUUGGAUGCAAGCCUUGAUAUCGUAUAUGAUCUAUCCGAUAGCGGGUACAAAACCAAAUGCCCAUUUAAGAUUGGGCAUGUCGGUGUGUUGUACGAUUUUAUUUAUUUUGCUGGCCGUAACGGGUGUCAUGUCACACAUUCUAUUCAAAGGAUCAAAUCCAAGGAAAUGGUAUCCCUCUGAUGGCGGUUGGUAUUUCCAUGUCAUAAGUUCGAUUUCGGAAUGGGUUAUUGCCACCGUGUUCAGUUUUUAUAUUCUAUCGUUUACCCAUGAAUUCCGAGAUGUGGAUUUGGAGCAUCCACCAUUGCGUAUUAUUUCGUAUUCUUUAACACUACAAUAAGUUCAGAAUU